AUGGCUAAUACAUCAGCUCAAAGUUAUCCAAUGGCCUCCUUAUACGUUGGUGAUCUUCACCCGGAUGUCACCGAGGCUAUGCUAUUCGACAAAUUUGCUAGUGCCGGUCCAGUUUUAUCCAUUCGUGUUUGUCGUGAUAUGAUUACACGUCGAUCACUUGGCUAUGCUUACGUUAACUUUCAACAACCAGCCGAUGCUGAACGAGCUCUCGAUACGAUGAACUUCGAUGUACUUCGUGGUCGUCCAUUACGUAUUAUGUGGUCUCAACGUGAUCCUGCUUUACGUAAAUCAGGUGUUGGCAAUGUUUUUAUUAAGAAUUUGGAUAAAAAUAUUGAUAACAAAUCGCUUUACGAUACAUUUUCGGCCUUUGGUAACAUCUUAUCAUGCAAGAUCAUGACGGAUGAAGCUGGUCAAUCAAAAGGUUUCGGUUUCGUUCACUUCGAAACACAAGAAGCUGCUGACAAUGCUAUUAAUAAAGUCAAUGGUAUGUUACUUGCUGACAAGAAAGUUUAUGUUGGUCGAUUUAUGUCACGUACUCAACGUAACGAUGGUGGCGUACCUCGAAAAUUCACCAAUAUAUUCAUCAAAAAUUUUGGUGAUCAACUUGACGAAGAAAAGUUACGCGAACUUUUUUCCAAGCACGGCAAAAUUUUGAGUUUCAAAAUUGAAAACGAUGAAAACGGUCAUUCGAAAGGUUUCGGUUUUUGUAGUUUCGAAAAUCCCGAAGAAGCUGAAGAAGCUGUACAAAAUCUUAAUGGAUAUUCGAUUGGUGACAAACAACUUUACGUCGGCCGAUUUCAAAAGAAGAACGAACGGUUAUCGGAAAUUAAACGUAAGAAAGAUGCUCAACGACAAGAACGCAUGAAUAAAUAUCAAGGCGUCAACUUAUACAUCAAAAACUUGGACGAUACAAUCGAUGACGAACGCUUACGAAAAGAAUUUUCCAAAUUUGGAACAAUCACAAGUGCUAAGAUCAUGUCUGAAAAUGGCCGAUCAAAAGGUUUCGGUUUCGUCUGUUUCAGUGCACCUGAUGAAGCAACAAAAGCUGUUACGGAAAUGAACGGUUCAAUCGUUGGCUCGAAACCACUUUAUGUCGCUUUAGCUCAACGUAAAGAAGAACGUCGCAUGCAUUUAACCAAUCAACAUAUGCAACGCAUCGCAACAGCACGUGUACCGCAACNGAUUAUUAAGAAUAGAAAACGAAGAAAAAUUCUUCAUCCAUAUUUGUUUGAUAGAAGAUUCUUCGUUUUUUUUUGCAGCUGUUAUCUAUCUAAAAAUCACACGAUAAAUUCCAUCAUUCAUCGCUAUAAAUAUGAGAUUGACAUGUUGUUUAGAUGGUACUGA